GGUCUUAACAAGAAGAGAAGGCUUCAAUGGAUUCUCUUGUGGUCCUUGUGCUCUGUCUCUCCUGUUUGCUUCUCCUUUCACUCUGGAGACAGAGAUCUGGGAGAGGAAAACUCCCUCCUGGCCCCACUCCUCUCCCAGUCAUUGGAAAUAUCCUAAAGAUAGGUAUUAAGGACGUCAGCAAAUCCUUAACCAAUCUCUCAAAAGUCUAUGGCCCUGUGUUCACUCUGUAUUUUGGCCUGGAACGCAUGGUGGUGCUGCAUGGAUAUGAAGCGGUGAAGGAAGCCCUGAUCGACCUUGGAGAGGAGUUUUCUGGAAGAGGCCAUUUCCCACUGUUUGAAAGAGCUAACAGAAGAUUUGGAAUCGUUUUCAGCAAUGGAACAAGAUGGAAGGAGAUCCGGCGUUUCUCCCUCAUGACGCUGCGGAAUUUUGGCAUGGGGAAGAGGAGCAUUGAGGAUCGUGUUCAAGAGGAAGCUCGCUGCCUUGUGGAGGAGUUGAGAAAAACCAAAGGUGGGUGAACCUGCUCUGUAUCACUGACCUUACUGGACUACUAUUUUCUCUACUGACAUUCUUGGAAACAUUUCAGGGGUGGCCAUAUCUUUCAUUAUGA